GGGAUCUGCUCAGACAUGGAGCUCUAUACCAGGAGUUAGGGGCUGUCUGGGAGGAAAAUUGAGUUUUUUCUUGGUGUCGAAGUCACGUGAGGAGCUGCUUCAGUGGGGCUGGACCAGGCUGGCUGACAGAUGCUCCUGGCUGCGCAGGAUCGCUGCGAUGAGAAGACAUCCCCAAGGAGUGCCCGUGCGCAGCGGAGAUGCCACCUUCCCCAAAGCUAUGGACAACGUGACUGUGCGGCAAGGGGAGAGUGCCACGCUCAGGUGCUCCGUGGACAACCGCGUCACCCGCGUGGCCUGGCUGAACCGCAGCAGCAUCCUCUAUGCCGGCAAUGACAAGUGGUGCUUGGACCCGAGGGUGGUGCUCCUGGCCAACACCAAAACCCAGUACAGCAUCCAGAUCCACGACGUGGAUGUGUACGAUGAGGGGCCCUACACCUGCUCUGUGCAGACAGACAAUCACCCCAAGACAUCGCGCGUGCACCUCAUCGUGCAAGUGUCGCCGAAAAUUAUCGAGAUCUCUUCUGACAUCUCCAUCAAUGAAGGCGGCAACGUCAGCCUCACCUGCAUAGCCACGGGCAGGCCAGACCCCACAAUCACCUGGAGACACAUCUCACCCAAAGCCGUGGGCUUCAUCAGUGAGGACGAGUACCUGGAGAUCACAGGCAUCACACGGGAGCAGUCGGGCGAGUACGAGUGCAGUGCCUCCAACGACGUGGCUGCGCCUGUCGUCCAGCGAGUCAAAGUCACCGUCAACUACCCGCCGUACAUCUCGGAUGCGAAGAGCACCGGUGUGCCGGUGGGGCAGAAGGGCAUCCUGAUGUGUGAAGCCUCUGCCGUCCCCUCCGCUGACUUCCAGUGGUACAAAGACGACAAGCGGCUGGCUGAAGGACAGAAAGGGCUGAAAGUGGAAAACAAAGCCUUCUUCUCCCGACUGACUUUCUUCAACGUCUCUGAGCAGGACUACGGCAACUACACCUGCGUGGCCUCCAACCAGCUAGGAAACACCAACGCCAGCAUGAUCCUUUAUGAAGAGACAACAACCGCUCUGACACCCUGGAAAGGCCCCGGUGCAGUGCACGAUGGCAACAGUGGUGCGUGGCGGCGAGGCAGCUGUGCCUGGCUGCUGGCCCUGCCGCUCGCCCAGCUCGCCCGCCAGUUCUGAGCCCCGAGGCGGCCACGACCACCACAGCAGAAAGGAGAGGAAGAAGAUGUAUUCACUGUUUCUGAAAAUAAUCAUAAGAAUUGAGAGAGUUGUCCGGCCAAGCCUUCUGGGGGAGGGGGAGAAAGGAAAAACACGCAA